GCGAUAUAUCGGAAUAAUCCUCCUCGAAUUUCAGAGUGUGUCACUAAUCGUGUGCUUCUCCGUGACGUCAAUACAAUCACUUUGCGCGAAGGACAGUACACCACAGGCAGAAGAUCCAGUCCAGUCCCUCAGCUAAGAUGUGUGGGAGGCAGCGCUCGAGGAAAGUUUCAGCCACGGGCUGCACAGUGUUUCAAGGAAGGCUUUGACGGGGUGGAUUAUCAAUGGAGAUGUGUUGCUGAUAUGCCUGCUGACUACGAGUUUGGGGAGAUCGCAGUCACAUGUGAGGGCUACGACUAUCCUGAAGACCCUUACAUUUUGAAAGGGAGUUGCGGGGUGAAAUUAUUGCCAGAGCUAAGCAAGCACUUUUCGCCAUCACGUUUUAAUAGGUGGCAUCCGUUCUCUCAGGCAUUCCCUUCAAAAUCGAUCAAUUUUAUCUAUUCUAGUGGUUACGGAGGAGGUUUCGAUGGUGGUCCGGGAUUCGGCGGAGGUUAUCCAGGAAUGCAUCCUCCUCCAAGUGCCCCUCCACCAAGCUAUGACGACACUAUGGGUUUCAAAACUUCUGCUCCAACUGGUUCUGCUCCAGGUAGUAGUGGUCCAGGAUUUUGGACUGGUGCUGGCUUAGGAGCACUUGGUGGUUACCUAUUUGGAAGAAAUACGUACGUUUCUUGUUCGCUUGCUGAAAUGCUUAAUUUUCUUAUGAAAAUUUCAUCAUCGUUUUAA